AUGGACGUCGACCGGGCCAAAACGGUGACCCCGUCACCCGCGUGGCGGGAGGCCUUCGACAGGCUCUUCGAGCAGGCAGAGCCCAACCGGGUGCGCCUGGACGUGAUCUUGUACAACUCCACCAUCAGCGCUGCCGGUGCCGGCGGUGGUUGGCGAAGAGCCUUCAGCUUGCUGAAGCAGCUGGACUCGAAGCUUCUGUCUCCAACAGUUGUUACUUUUGGCGCUGCCAUCAGUGCCUGUGAGAAAUCCUCCCGAUGGCCUUCAGCGCUGCAGACCUUCGAGGAAGUGGAGUCCUGGCGUGACACUCCAGUGAAGCGGAAUGUGAUUUUGUGCAAUGCCACCAUGAGUUCCGCGGGCAAAGGCCUCCAGUGGCUGGAAGCCUUGCAAAUCUUCUCGCGUGCGCGGUGCAAUCAGCAGCUUGGCCUGAGCACCACCAGCAGCAACGCAGUCUUGAGUGCCUGUGAAAAGCAUGUCCAGUGGCCGGUGGCCAUGGCUCUACAGGCGGAGAUGCCACAGUUGCGACUGCAGAGCGACGUCAUCACGGCCAACGUCAUGAUCAGCGGUCUGGGGAAAGGUGGACAGUGGCGAUUUGCCGUCCUCGUUUUCGCAGGGUGUCACCGCAAGCAGCUGGAGCCGACAAGUGUGACGUGCAGUGCCGCAGUUAGUGCAUCAGAGGAAGCCAAAGACUGGCAGCGAGCCAUUUGGCUUUUGGAGUGCAAGACGGCGGAUCGCAUGAGCUUCAAUGGGGCCAUCAGCGCCUGUGGGCUGCAAUCGAAAUGGCAAGAAGCCUUGCUUUCCUUUCGGCUUUUAGAGGCUUUCAGCCUUGAAGCUUCGACGGUGAGCUACAACUCUGCCAUCAGUGCCUGUGAAAAAGCGGAAUUGUGGCAGGAGGCUUUGCAUCUCUUUGCUCAAGCGCGAACUCGGCGCUUGCAUCCAGAUGUAGUGACCUACAAUGCUGUCAUUAGUUCUUGCGACAAGCGCUUGCAAUGGCAACUAGCCUUGAGCCUUUUGAAGGAGCUCCAAAUGCAGCGUUUGGCACCGACUGCGAUCACCUACAGUGCAACCAUCAGUGCCUGUGAGAAGUCCUCACAGUGGCAGCGGGCGUUGAGGCUCUUUGAGUCGGCCUCCAGACUGUUGCAGCCGGAUGUGGUGGCGUACACCGCAAUCAUCCGGGCAUGCAAGAAGCUUGCCCAGUGGCAAGAUGGCUUGGGCCUUUUCUUCCAGCUUCAUCGCCAGACCCUGGACGACACGGAGCUGACGGAGGUCUCGCGCCUCAUCGCGUCCAUGACACCAUGGCGCCACGCGCUCGCGCUCGCGCUGGAGCGGCCACGCGGCGCGCGCGGCAGCGCGGCCACCUACGGCUUCGCGGUGGCUCGAGCGCUGGAGGGCGCCGCCGGGGCAUGCGCCGUGGGCCUCUUGUUGAUGCUCAGCCUGGCCCAAUCACAAGACGCCGAUUUGAAUGUGUCUUUGGUGGACAUCCAAGACCAAAGUGUCUUCUGCACGGUGACCAUCGCCAGCGAGGCUCUUCCCGGCACCUUAUGGCUUUACCUCAGCGUCUUGGGUGCGGAGCCGACCGACAGCGAGUUGAAGACAGGUCUCGGUGCCCUGGGCCUCUCCAGUUGCACCGACUUGGGAACUCCGAUCACGGCCACAGUCGUGAACUUGGGCCUGGCUGCCUGUGGGCUGACGCUGGGAGAAAGCUACACCUUACAGCUUCUCUUCGAAGGCAAUGGCACCAGGUUGCUCCGCAGCAACUUCACUGUACCUCCAGAGCCAAGCCCCUUGCCCCCUGGGCCAUAUUGUUUCGACAUCGAUUACGACUACGCUGGCGCGACAGUGCAAAGCAACAGCACAGCUGCGAGCGCCAUUGAAUGCCAAAGCCUUUGCUUUGUGAGUUCUUCUUGUCUUCACUUCCGUUUCACCUACACAGCUGAUCCCAGUGUUGAGCGAUGCGAGCUGUUGUCAACAGGUCCCUUGAGUGGCUCGGCCUCCCCGAACGUGGGCACCGUGACGGGGCCCAAGAACUGCGAGAGCCGCGAUGUGCUGUACUUCCACGGCCGUGGGAAUCUCUUCCGAACCGAACCCACGCCCAUCGUUCGAGGGAUCCCUGUGACCAUCUUUGUACAGGGCGAGAACUUUGACCCGGACUACGACCGCAUCGUGGCAGUGGAUGCCACUUACGUGUGUGGGGGUGCAUUUCUGCCUGGGGCACCAGGUGCCUAUGACGUCAAAGGUCUCAGGCCCAACACCUGGCAGCAGUGGCGCGAGCUGCCCUGCAAUGACACGGGGUCCGCGCCGGAGUUGAUGAUCUGUGGUAGCAGUGCCGUGCUUUUUGAUACACUGGGGCCAGUGAGGCUUUGCGCGUGCGAUGCCGGUGCCUUGCCGUUCGGCUGUGCCUCCGGAGACGGCAGCUUCUCCGACUUCUCGGUGUCCGUGACCGUGGACGUGUUGGAUGUGACCGGUCCCUUCAACAACAACACCGCAGAUUGCCCUGCUGGUCGUGAGUGCACCGUCACAGGCUUGCAGGGCUACAAGAUGAGCGCGGGUGACAAGCUGAUGUUGCGAGACAACUGCAGCGAGGCUCCCAGCGUGGCCUACACCGGGGCCUCGCGACCAAGUCCAGACCCUGCUCAGGGGCAAGGAGCCACCUACCUCUUUGAAGAGCUGAACACAGCUUCGUGCCAGCCCAACCACACCCAGGGCCCCUGCAUGGUGGCCCGGCUUUGCUACUGCGCGGCGGCGCCGGGUUCCACCCACAACUGCCUUGUGGAGACCGACUUUCAGACCGACGCGGGUGAGGUGCGGUUCUUUGGAGCUCCGGGGAUUGUGGAGGGCCUGGUGCUGCUGCAAGAAGACUUUGAGAGCUUCACCUUGAGGUGGAACUAUCCUGAUGAUGAUGGUGGUGGAGUGGUGACGGAAUACCACCUCUUUUUUCCGCACAUGUCCCGGAGGAAACUACACGGAUGGAGUCGAGAGUGA